UAAAAAGCAUAAAGGCCUCCUAAGCCCAAGCAUCGUUGUGUUCAACUUUGCGGGCACUUAUUCAAACUGAAAAUUGUGACCGAGAGCAACCCGGUCCCUGACCCCAUCACUCUUCCCAAGCCCUACUUACACCACCAAACUUUGCCAAAAAUGGGCUCUCCACGAGGAAACCGCGCUCUUUGGCUCUCGUCCUACUCGGAGCCCCUCAGAAUUGUCGACCUCCCCGUCCCGGAAGCACCGACGGGCACUGCCGUCGUGAAAAUCCUCGCGACGGGCAUCGUCCCAUACACACACCUCUGCCACACGGGCAAGCUCCCACAGAUGAACAUCCACCCGCCCUUCGUUCCGAACCCCAACGCCAUCGGCCGUGUGCACGCCGUUGGGCCGGACGCUGUGCGCGUCAAACCUGGCGACCUCGUCUAUGUCGACGCGACGACCCGCGGCCGCGAUGAUCCAAUCAACGUCAUGGUCAUGAUCGGCCAUCUCGGCGGCGCCGGCGACGCGGGUCAGAAGCUCAUGAAAGAGUGGCGCGACGGCUCGCUGCAGCAGUACCAGAAGGUGCCCCUCGAGAACGUCUACCUCUUGAACGAGCAGCGCCUCACGGGCGAGCUGGGCUACGGCCCGGCCGAGCUGUCUACCAUUGCGCACUACUCGGUCGUUGGCGGCGCGUUGUUGGAGGCCGCCGACGUCAAAGUGGCUGAGACAGUCGUCGUCGGGCCUUCGGGCGGCUCUUUUGGUGGCCUCGCCGUCGAGGUCGCUCUCACCGUCGGCUGCAACGUUGUGGCGCUCGGCCGCAGCGAGGCCAAGCUCGCGGCGAUGCGCGAGAAGCUCGGCGGCAACGCGCGACUCCGGACGGUAUUGAUGACGGGUGACGAGGACGCCGACGCAGCGGCGAUCCUGGCAGCAACACCCUACGGCGCGGGAGCGGACGUGUACAACGACUGGACGCCCGGGGGGCUCAAGAACCCGCCGUACCUUGGGGCCGCGCUGCGCACGCUCAAGCGCGAGGGUCGGGUGGUUCUCAGCGGCGGCGCGAGCGAGACGCUACCGAUGCCGUACGCGCAGUUCGGCCUGAAAAAUCUCAAGCUGUUGGGCAAGUGGAUGUGCGAGAGGCGGACGCUGUUGCAGGUGAUCAGUAUGAUCGAAGGAGGCCAGCUGAGGAUCGGGAAGGAGAGCGGCAGCGAGAUCAAAGUGUUCACGCUCGACCAACACGAAGAGGCGACGGAGUUUGCGAGGGUUAAUGGCGGGUGGAGGAACUACACGGUAAUUGCUCCGAGUCCGUACGAGACGUCCCUUGCGAUAUGAGACAUUGCUUCGGGUGGGCAUGGCUCAACGAGGGCUGUGCAUGUUGAAAGCAUGGAUGAAAUAGAAAGGCAGUGCUAGAUAAUCCCGGCAAUACGCCUGCCCUGUUGUUUGUCAUUGUAUCUAUGACAGGCGUUGCAUCCACGGAAGACGGCCGCGCGCGCGGGCAUCUGCAUGCUGUGUGUCAUCGAAUAGGGCGUGACCGGCUUUCGACGUGCGGCGUAGAAGUGGAUGGCCAAGACGGGAUAGUCACAGAUAGUCAACUUGAUUAGGUAGGUAGGUAGUUAGUGAGGCAGUAAAUUAAUCACAACAUU